AUGGUUGAGGUUUGGACCGAUGGUGAUCAAAUUGUUGUUGAUGAGAACUCGGACAAGUGUUUGGAAAAUUUCAUGGUUUACAGGAACGACGUCCUUUAUAAAAACUUCAAGCAUGACAAUGCAAUGCUUCUGGUGUAAGUAGUGAAAAAUAUGACUGCAUUGACCGAAGUAGCACAUGGUCGAUGUACGCUUGUACACAAGAAAAGUCGAUUGCAGAGAUAGGAACUCCUUGAUUAAACGCCGUGGCCCAAAUACACUGCAGUUUUUAUUGGUGGUGUUGCAAAUAAUGCCGCCGCAUUUUGCCUAAAGUCGGGACGUCUCUUUAGCGCCCCGCUGUACUGUACAGUGAAAUAAGGUUUAGGUGUAAGGGCAAGAUACGUGGUUGUCAGAAGCAUUGAGUGAAAACCGUUGAUUAAUCAAAGAACGGACCCGAAUAAACUUUAGGCCUUAGCAAAUUCGGCCCACCAAACCUAAACGCCUGGAAUGCUUAACUGAGCAAGUAAGGUACAACAGCAGAACUGUAGACCCGUUUAGGUGCUCCCUAGUUUAGGGAGUAUACGCUCUGAAUCUACAAUUAUGGACAAAAGUCUUGGGACAGUUGUACAGUUCGAACGCUUUUUAACACACGCGAAAUUGUAUCCGCGCGCUACUAACACUGUACGUACCUACCCCCUCCCCCUACCCCACAGACAGUGUUGAAACCGUCAAGGCACAAUUCCUUUGAUCUUUGAACAUUGUAUUGGGUGGGGAGGGGGGAGGGGACAUGGAUUUGUAAAAAGACAGCACUGCUUUUUGCGACAGAACUUGUGAAACGCAUAGAAUUGAAGUUACGUUCUGACUUUCCCAAGGACUUUUGUCCAUGAUUGUAGAUUCAGGAGCUCCAAAGAGAGCAGCUGCUACAUAGUUGUUUCUAUUGACCACCCUCGUGGCUGGCUUAUUGCUUGGUUGAAAAUCAGGUACGGAACCAUAGCUUUGUUCAACGUCUGUUUAUUUAUAGUUUGAUUUUUUUGUUGCUCUUUUCUUUCAGACAUCGUUCUUUUACAAAUUUAACACUUGGUAAAGCUUCAGUGACGGCUAUGUGUGGGAGAAAGUCGGGCGGGGUUGUUCAGGUACACGUAUAGUGCGCAUAAAGUAGUCACCGUAGGCUUCUGUCAAGCGCUCGUCUCUGCACCAGUCUCCUACGCAGCCGUACUCUUUGUCGCCACUCAAAGCUCCUUCCCUUCCCUCGGGGGGAUCGUUGCUUGACGACUUCGGCGUUGGAGGGUAGAGAUCUUAAGAAUUGAAGGCAACGAUAGCGUAAAAACUGCACGACCACGACGUAAAAAUGCCAAAUUUGACGUAUUAUUGAGGAUGUAAACAAGCGGCGACUAAAUUUUCUUUCUCUCUCUGAACCUGAAUAUUUUACUUAGAAUUCAGCUCUAGAAAAGUUUGCCUACGUUUGACAAUCGCGCUAAAGAUUGAAAGAAGGCCAAUUCACUUUUUAAGUGACGUUUUUGCCGCCGUCCCCGUCCUCGGAUCUUAAGGUCCCUACUACCCCUACACGGCACCGUUCCUUAAAUAUUUGCAAUGUAUUAGCUGAUCAACGUGAGUUAAAAAAAAGAACGUUAAAAAGGCUUUGGGUUAAAUGAGCAAAGGAGGAGCUCUGCCCGUGCAUCACACUUUGCGCAUGUGGUAAAUUUCUUUACCUGUACGACUACGACCAAUUUCACGUUUUAUUGAGGGUGGUAAACACUCGACGACAAAGUUUUCUUUCUCUCUUUAAAAUCUGGAUACGGUUCCUUAGGAGAGCUGAGGUCGUCUUGAUUUGCCAAAUUUAGCGAGAUGUGACAACUGCACUGAGGGAUGAAAGAACGCAAAUACCAUUUUCGCUGUGGUAUCCUUUAGUUCCUAAUUAUGCGUUGAAUGCAUGCGCGGUAUUGUAACUUCUUUUGUUCUUUCCAUUUAACCUUGUAGAAGAAAUUUUGUCCUGAUACGACAUUCACGGCGUCGAUGCCGGCGGCAAAACCGAGUACUUUACCCAGUAUUGAAACCGUACAUAGUACUACUACUGACAUUCAGACGAUUACUAUAAAUAGCUCUUCAUUAUUCGAGCGGUUGUAGCUGUUUUAAUGUAUUUUUAAACCCGAAUUGUAGAAUAGUAAUUACUCUACCCAUUCACAAUACGCUUAUGAUUCAAAUGGACCAAACUUUACCUUUCAAGCUUCACUCACCUGUCCUCAUCUCAUCCCAAAAAGCAUCUUUCACUACCUCCUCUUCAGGCCCUUCGCAUUUUGGUGGCGAGCAAAUUUACAUCGAGAGAGAGGCGCCUGGGAACGAGGCAGCCUCUUUCAUGCUGUAAUAUAAUAACUUAUAGGAAGGCCGUACUGCCAUAUGUGAAUUUAUAUUGGUACAAACACUGCUAUUGGAUUUUCUUUCAAGUAGCACUAAAUCUGCGAAAUAACAAAUUUUUCCCUUUGAACGUGGAAUAUUAGCCAAUAGUUUAAAAGUAAAACUCCUCUAUAUUUCAGCUCCAAAUUGUAAGUGCGACGCAGCUGAUAAUCAGGGAUGUAUCAUGUCUGCAGUUGCUAGGCAAGUCUUUUACUUACUACUAGUUAUGAACUCUAGGUCUUUAAAAAUAACUGUGGUUUCUCUGUCUUACAAAAAUAUAUUCUAUAUUAAAUGACAAAUGGUUGCCUCAGCUGUGUUAAGCAUUGUCAUAGGUUCGCCUCUUCUUGACAAAUGAAAAUAUCGUGGCAUUCUUUAGAUCUUCAUCACUUUUUCUGGAAAGAGGAAAAGUGUGAACGGUUUCUUUCACUACUCUCCCCUCCUCCUCUACAAAGUAAAGCACUUUUUUAAGCGUCGGAUUCACCGUACCCAUGUGGUAGCUGUUGGCUGCGAACUGAAAAACGGUUCUUGACAUGCGUAUAGAGCGGGGAUCAGCUUUUUAUCCAAUCGGUGUCCGUAAUAGGGAGGUGUUCACCUUGUAGAGGUGUCCUUUAAGUGGCUACAUAGGUAGCGCGCGAUUUGUCCUUUGUUGAAAUAAUAAUUUAUUUGUUGAAGGUCCACACCGUCCAAAGAAUGGUCAACAUGUAGCCGUGACUGGUACCAAGAAUACCUCGACAGAGGAUUGGAUGCGUGUUUAUUCAACACACCAACUAGAGUAAGCUCAAGGAUAUUUGAAUUUUUUCUUGUUGACUGUCCACCUUCAGUUUUACCGCCCCUUGUUAUACUCAUUUUUUGGUUGUCGUUCUCAGAUGUUUGGUGACGCUGUUUGUGGCAAUGGCUUCAAAGAGGAAGGUGAAGAGUGUGACUGCGGUACAGUUGAGGUACAGUGAAUCUGUAUAGUAUGUAAAGGGCUUAUUUCAAAUUAUCAAAACUAGGCUCCGAGGUAAGGACCAUAAAGAAAGGCGCUGUGGGAGCGUAUAUUUGGGCGUCGAUGUACUAGGCGCCUGUGAAGUUUUUUUUGUGUGUAUUAGGGAUGUGUGAGUAUCACAGCAGCAUUGUAGGGGUUGGUUGAGAUGUGUGAAGUAGAAGGCGUGGAGUUAUAUUGGACGUAAAUUGGUAAGAUAAAUAAAAAUCAAAGAAGUGAAUAAUUAAUCCCUGAAUCUCAAUGCAAUUUCGUUUUUUUAUCCCCCCCUACCGUCGAGGUCAUGUGCGUAUUUUAAUAAUUAGAAACUGGCCUAUUAGAUACUGUAGCCUAUAUAGACCUGAUUCGAUGAAAUUGCAUAGUCGUGACAUCUCAUUUACUAGCCUCUUACAAUUAUGAGCCUCGGCCUCAUUAGAUACCGCGUCCCGCACUCACGUGCAACCUCGACACUGAUGUUAUAUUGGGUAACGAAGAUACAACAUGCAUUGUUUAUUUGCAAGUCAAUAGUGUCACCCUCCCAUACCCUUAAUAACAUGUUAAUGUCAUAAUUGUUUAGGAGUGUGAAACGUAUAGCGAAGGCUGCUGUAAUGCUACGACCUGUAAACUUCUUCCUGGUUCUGAAUGUGACACCGGCCCCUGUUGUGGCAAUUGUAAGGUAAGACUUUGCUUCUAGACUUACGUCAAUGAACCGCAGUCAUAAACAAUAAGAGUAGCCAUAAGAUCCAAACGCUACAAUCUGAAGCAUAAAUUUAGUUUUGCUCCUUUUCGCUGAUUGCAGAUUAAGGCAAAGGGUACUGUAUGCCGAGAAAAAGUGAACGAAUGCGACUUGCCCGAACAAUGCGACGGAAUAUCAGAAUUGGUAAGCAAGUUUGUCUAUUCUAAAUACUUCUUAGAUUCUCAAACUUCUCAAAUUAUUCUCUUAAGAAGAAAGCCCAAGCGAUUUUUGGCUUGGUGGCCUAUUACUGAAUGAUAUCACUGGUCUUGGUCCUUAAGUAGAGAUACGAUCAGGCCAUACCAGUGAGAGCUCCACGCCAAUACAGUCGACUCCCGAUAACUCGAACCGUCGCUAACUUGAACCUCGCGCUAACUCAACCAAAAUCGAUUUCCCCUGGAUUUCCCUCAUACAUUUACUGUAAUUUUUACCCUCGGUAACUUGAACCCCCAAUAACUCGAACCUCCCGCUAACUCGAACUAAUUUUUGUUUCCCUUCAGAUCAUUUCUAUACAAUUGUGCCCUUGACAACUCGAACUAUGUUUUUAGCGGGUGACAAGUGAAGAAAAAAAGUGAGCUGCAUUCCAAAACAUAUUUCAAAGCGAUCGUAUAUUCUUUGUCUUUACUUGUUUUGUCAGGCCAAUUCAAACACAAUGUUUAACCAGUUUUAUUUGCUUCAAACUCCCGAAAACUCGAACUUUUUUCGAUUUCUCUUGAAGGCUCGAGCUAUCUGGAGUCGACCGUACAUGUAUCCGGCAAAAAGCACGGGAAAAUUCCUGCGUGCGCGCCACAUUUUUGACGAGGUGGCUUUCCUCAAAUUUUAGUGUUAUCCAAUCAAAGCCGAAGCAAUUGCACUAUUAACUGUAGCAGGAGCGUAGCGCCCAUGUACGCAUAUACGCCCGUGCGUACAGUUGAAAUCUGGAAAAACAAUUUUUAUGUAUAUUUAUACUGAUUUCCUGAAAGUAUUUUUAUCAUUAAACAAGGUGGACUAGAAAAAUGUUUCGCAUUAGAUUGCUGUCUUUUGCCCGUCUGAAGGGUGAUCGUCUCGCCUUUAGCCAGCGAAUACAGCCGUCUUUCCUCGCUCCUCAUCGCAAGGGAUGUUUGGAAGGAGAGACGAGGAGAGACGACUGUCAUGCAGGUUACUGAUCUCGCCCUUUGCUUGUAAUUUCCUUGAUGGCGUCACUGUGUGACCAUUUUCAGUUAACACUGUACCUUACGACAACACUAGAGAUGGGUAAAAUAUAUUCAAACCAUAUGCAUUUUCGUAAUGUCCUGUGGAUAACGCUUGCCUGGGAAUGGUAUUUCCGGGCCCCUAAAUUUAAAACUUAAUUCUAGGGAAGCAUGCCCCUAGACGCCCCCACUUUGGAGCGCCUUCGGCCUUCUAACUUUUUCCCUUUGCGUACCCCUUCAAAAUCUCACGCUAUGCCCCUGUGUAGAUCUCACAAAGCGAACCAGGGUCGUGUGGGUUGCAAAAAAACAUCUUAAGCUUAAGGGAACUCGUAACUAUCAUUUCAAACAAUAUGUUGUUAUUACAGAACAACCGUUAAGAGCCCUCUUAUCGUAAGAAGGUUUUGUGCAACCUAGCCCAGGCUCACUGGUUAAAACAACUUUCAGUUAGAGUUCACUAACAGACGAUGUGUUUAUCCAUCAGUGCCCAAGCAAUAAAUAUGUUCAGAAUGGCAAGCCAUGUGGAAACAACAAGGUGAGAAUCCUACUUUGUGUUACUGUGAACUCUAUUAUAAAAUAGAUUUAGAAGUUUUGAUUUGUUUGUUUUUCUUUUGCAGGGAUACUGCUACAACAGUGAAUGUCCCUCACAUGACGAACAAUGUCAAGACUUGUGGGGGCCUGGUAUGAACGUUUUGUCUCCUAAGCUUUAAAGCCGAUUGCACCUUUUUUUGUUCAAAACGUUGACGUUUGUGUCUUAAAUCCUGGUGGCGGCACCCCCUUAUUUUACCUAAACGGGGAUGUGCCGUUCAACAGGGUAUGGUUUUCGGGGUUUUUGAGUCUUUAAAAAGGGUAUACGAUUUCAUCAGAUCCAGUGAUUUUGUUAGAAAUAGUUACGUUGAGUCCUGGGACUCAUCUUGUGAAAAAUCACGAGUCCCAGUGCAGAACUAUUGAAUCUCAGUUCAAAAAACAACGAGUUUUAAAUUGAAAAAGCUUGGGUCUUUAUGUAACCAGGCAGCAAACUCUUUAUCGCAGUUUAGUGAAAUUAAAACAUAUUCCUUCUAUUUAAAAAGCAAAAAUGAGGGAACUAAAAUAUAUAUGCAUCGUUAAACAACAACCACAUUAACAGCCACAGAAAUCACACGAACAGGAUUUUCUACCAAAAUAUGUUCAGAUUGAUCGAUCUUUGCGUCCUACGGGACGCAUCCAUUGAAUUAUUUUGCGUCUUAAGAUCCAGGACGCGACGGCUAUAAGACGCCACCGGAAGUAAAAUAUCCAGGCAGGGUACAUAGUACGCAUGCCCAAGGCGUCGUAUCAGUGGCGCCAAGUCGCGUCGAGAACGUCAUUUGGGAAACUUUGGCGUUUUGUACAGAACGUGAGUAUAAAGUCCUUUUUUAUGUCCAUGAAAGUAAUACUUUGUCUCCCUUAAACCUCUCAGGCCCUCAGUAGAGUUACUUAAAAUCUUGGUCCUAGAUUGCAGUCAAUUUGGAUUGCAAAGAUGCGCCAGUUAAGGCAUUUUUCAUCGUAUAUUCACAGGUGAACAGCUAGUUGAAGACUUGAAGUCCUGAAUCGAAGCAUGGCAUCCAAGCCUAAACCUCCCAGGUAAAUGUGAGCUUUAUUCAUGGCUAUUUGAGUCGGUUGAACAAAUCCUCGUAUUUUCAACAUGUGUUUUGUUUGGGAAAGGAUAUAGGAAUAUUUCGCGGACGCUAAGCGUGAUUUCAUUCAGUCGAAGCAUUGAAUGUAAGCUUAAGCUUAUACUCCUGUUAUUUUAUUUUUAGCUCGGUGAUGUUUUGGUCAAACGAGCAUGACGUGUUCUUGUGCCGAGAAGUGGUAAAUUUAAACCCUUUUACGUCCAUAAAAGGAUCCACUCAAAGAAGCGGGAUGUGGGAGAAAAUAGCUCAAAUUUUGAACGAAUGUACCGUACUGAGAUUCAGCGUUGAUAAGAGAUCGGUUCGCGACCACAUGGGGAUUAUCGUCAACAAGCAUAAAAGAAAAGUCAGAGCCGAGGAGAAGGCAUCCGGUAUAGCGCCCGACGAGCCAAGCGAACUGGAAAAUCUUUUGGACACUAUCAUCGCUUUAGAAGAAAGUUCAGAGGCAGAAUCACAGGAAUUAAGAGCAGAGAAAAAUGAAAAAUGUGAAAACGACCGAGCAAAGGCAGAAGAUGCGAGAUCAAAGGCGAUGGAAAAGCUGUCGGAGACUAGGAAAAGAACAAGUGAGAGCGAAGAGGAAAAAACCAAACGACAGCGUAGAAGUGGAAGUGAAGCUAUGGAAUUUUUAGCAGAUAGGGCAAGAUGAAUUACGAACUGAAACAACUUCUCAAAUUUUACAACGUUCUUGUCGUUCGCAACCUUUCUCUUUUUUACCUUCGUUACCGGUUUGUCGUCGAUGUUUGUGUUGUCGUUGUUUGUCUUUACAAAUUUCAUUACGUUGUGCAACAACAACAACGCCAACAACAGCUGCUUAACACUCAAAUGAUGAUGAUGCAACAACAACAAGAACAGUCAAGGGCAAUGAUGGCUCUAUUAGAGAAAUUAGCCAAUAAGUGAUCUAUGGAUUUGUGUCACAGUCAGGUUUUGUAGCAUAUUUUGCUGCACUGCAUAUCAUUCCCAUAAAAUAACUACAUAUGAUAACUGUACUUUGCUGGUAUGUAUCGGUCAAAUCCAUGCUUAAAUAUCCCCCUUGCACAAAAGAGCAAAAUAAAUAAAUUAUGGUCACUUAAUUAAAAUUUUAGGUGGGAAUUUGAUCACUUGAAACGGACAUAGAAUGGGGUAUUUAAAUGGCUUUUGAACCCUGGGAGGGGGGGAAUUUAAACACUCAAUAACCCAAAAGUUCAAAUGCCCAGGGAGGAUGAUUAAGCUUUGAUUUGACUGGUACUUUAAAGUAGCAUAAGCCAACAUCUAAAACCACACUGCAUGAACAUUUUGGAGUGGCUUGUGGAUGAAAAUAUUUAAAAAAAUACACUGCUUGAUUUGCAGGCCCACGAGAUACAGACGAGAUCAAACCACCUGCUGCAUUUGUAUUGAUUGUUUGUUUGUUUGUUUGUUUUUUUUGCUGGAAAAGUUGAAACUCGGUUGUCACCAGCAGCAACGAAAGAUGACUGAUGUUGUAUAUGUACACAAUUGUUGCCAGUUUUUUAAGUGACAAAGAAUGUUUUGUUUUAUUACUUGAGGGAUUUUACUUCUACCUCUGUUCUCUGUACAAAUAAGAGGCCUUCCUUCCAGGCCGUCAGUUGUGUUUUACAUGUCAAACCAAUCCACAAAAAGUUAAUUAAAUAUUAUUUUAAAGGUACUGAUUUGUGUGCACAAAAUUAUAUGAGCAAAAACUAUAUUUGUUGCUUGGAUAUCUUAGUUAAACCAUAUCUAUCCCUAUCACUGAUUAUUCUUGGUGAAGAAAACUUACUAAAAAACUUUAACUAACCCUAGCUAAGUAGAAAACAACAUGUUCCAGUCCAAGAGUCUCGAACUUACAGGGAGGAAGGUUAAUCACAUAAGGAAAUUUUUACACACAACUCUCUUAAAGAGGCAUUUUUGUCACAGGAAUUAUCUAUAAAAAACUUAUAUUAUUCUCAUGAAAAGUCCACUGUGACAAAGUCCUGUUAAUUAAAAAUCAGUAAAUUACUUCCACCUAGAUCAGGUUUUUUUAGUCGACAACACAAACUUAUCUCUGUUCAAUUUCGUAAGGAAUUUUAUCUUGUAUGAUACAUGUAAAAAGGAUGAACUGACUCUCCAAUCUUCAAUUUUUUUUUAACAUCUAAAAUUUUGAAGUAGUUUACAAUAUCUCCGAAUAACCAUUCAACUGAUGAGCGAACAGCACUCAUGGACUCAUUAAACAUCGCCAUAUCUCUUGUUAGAAUGCCAACUCUGAAAGGUGCCUUCAAGUGAACCCUGAGUGGGUACGCUGGAUCCCCAUAUAAACACAUUGCUCUACCAACAGGGUCAAAUGCAAAGUUUUGUAAAUCAUCAUACAGUUGGGAGACUGCCAGCAUUCUUGCAUCGUGCAUUCUGGCCUCUACAAGAAGGAAAGAAAACAAAGGUUCCACUCUUAAAACAAAUUAAGGAUAUAUAUUUCAUCAUUAAUGUUUGCUAAAAUCAAGUCAUGUAGGCUUUACAUUUAACUAGCACGUAGGGUAUAUGGCGUGGAAACAAGAAAUUGAAUAGGCUAUUAUCAAUUAAAAGAAUUUCACCAAAAAAAACGGCAAAAGUAAGAGGCAAGUACAAUGAAAGAAAAAUUCCAUUAACAUGGCAAUGAAGGGAAAAAAGGUUGCUUUGUGAAUAGAAAAAAAAAUCUGGGGCUUACCUACAGGACCAUAAAUAUUAGCAAUCAGUCCAUUGGGAAGCGUGAAGGCCUGGAACGUGAGCGCAUGUACGCGCUUGUGGCCAUUAUAAACAACUCGCUGGUUUGACAUCGGCCGACUAAUGGGCCGCACAGUUCCGUCUAUAAAGCCGAAACAGUUAUCAAGGGCUCCUCCAUUAGAGUGGGCCCCAUCUGCAUACGUAGCGAUUUAAGGUGGGUUUAAAAUACCAUGUUUCCACCGUGUAACCUUGUGCCCGUGAGUAUUAUAUACCCAGUCUGUCACCUGGUUGCAGAUCAUACUCAGCUCUGGCACCGAUCGCCCAAAGAUUGGCAUCAUGUCGGAAUAGCGGCAUGGAUAUGAGAACCGCUUUAGGACGGUUCCAUCGCAGAUAGUUCCAUUAGAGCACUUGAAGAUGGGCGGAACUCUUAAGGCUUCAACAAGUAAUGCGAUAUCCCUUUUAUCGACGCGAAAAUCAGCUUUGCAUUCGGCAGAAUUUUUGUUUUCGAGAGAAAAUUUCUCGUAUGCCGAGUGCUGAAAUGGAAGAUUUUGUGGAGCAUACGCCUCGUAAAGCACUGAGAAUUCUUCGUCGUCCUUAAUUUCUUCCUCCAAGCAAGGUAGCUGUAAUUCUUGAGGUUUUUGGAAGGAAGCCAUUUCUUGUUUCUUCGCACGGAUUAAUGUACUGAUAUUGACCCCAUCGCGUCGCAAAUCUUAACUUAAAUUUCCCAAGCUUAUAACGCCGUCCUCGUUCCAGGCUUUUGCCCGGUCACCGCGUCCUAAAAGCCGUCGCGUCCUGGAUCUUAAAGUCCCUAUUAUUAGUCAGGGACGCAGGACGCAGAGGUAACAAAUUCAAUGCAGAUCAGUAAAAGUGCUGUGAGGCGGAGCCUGCAGUUUUUUUCCUUAUCCGAAAAGUGUAGAAUGGUGAACGUUUGCAGAUGUCAGGACAAAGGUGGCACAUUCUCCUGAGUUAUUUUAAGUCACUGAGUGUUACACCUACACUGUUAAGUGUCAAGACACUAUUCAGCGCCGGAUUCUUAUCCGCCUUCUAUAGCUCAGAAGUUUGAUACCCAACCAGUGUAUCUUACCAGUCGGCAAAUUAAAGCUUUUUCUUGACUUUUAAGUUGAGGUGUCCGUAAUAGAAAAAGCCGUAAAAGAGCUGAUAUCUCAUGUUGUUCUCCUCACGCACUCUUGAAUUAUUUACUUGUUACUUUUAUGCAGGCGCCAAGUCCGGUCCAGACGGGUGUUACGAGAUGAACGAGAGAGGCAUUGCGUGUGGAAACUGCCAUCAGCCAGGGAACAAUACGUAUUUCAAGUGUGCUCCUGAGUAAGUUUAUAUGUUGCAAAACUACAACAACCACCACCACCACCAACAACAACAUUUAUUGUGCUCUUGAUACCGAAGAAGGAGUGAAGUAAUUUAAAGGAAAUAAUUGAAGAAAAAAGAGAGCACAGCCACUCAGAAAAAGCAAAAGAAGCGCCAUUAGCUUUUCGGUCUAUCUUGAAAGGACAUAAGUACGGCCAAGUCACCUUUCUGGUCCGACUCAAUGAAAGACGUAUUACCCGUCUCCAACAAAACGUGCGCAUUGUAUACGCAGGAAUAUUGAUUACUGUCAUAUAUUCCCUGCGACAAUGUUCUUUCUUUGGUACGAAAAUUUUCACAGGCACUCAAGCGCGGUAGACUUGAUUUAUCCGCAAAAUGAUAGCCUUUGUAAUAACUAUGUCCGAACGUCAAGCCACGUCCUACGAUAAUCAAGAUGUCGUCGGAUGUGGGCUCAUUUUAUUCAGACAGGAUCCGAAAAAAGGCUGAAACGUUGCCUUGGAUAUCAAUCCCAGUGGGUACAUGGGUGUGUGAUUGGCCCCUUUAACAGCUGCUCUUCGAAAAAUUAGCCCUCGCCUACUUAUGGCACAGGUGGUCUUGCUCAAAAUUGCAUAAAAGGCAUAGUUUUCUUUUGCCUUUAAGUUAAUCGUUUACUUUGUCUUAUGGAGUUUUUUGUUUUAGGGACAAGCUUUGUGGAAUGCUUCACUGUACAAACAUAGAUGAAAUUGAGUUUCCAGUUAUUGGCACUGAAAAAAGCAGCUGCCCGUAUAACUAUGAGCGUACGUUAUGCAAGUUAGUAUCUUUCUGUCUCUUUUGUUUUCUCGUAGUUACACAUUUAUCCAAAAUGGGACCUGUGCUCUAAAAUUCGCCACCGGGCGCUGGUUUUAAACAAAUCAUUUGCUCUAUUUCACUUUUACCAAUGGUAAAGAUUUCGAGAAAAGAGUGAUAAAAGAAGUAGCAAGCAACAGGCUCGUACUCAAUCAGAGUAAGAAUAAAUAAAUGCUGUUUGGUACUAGGCAGAAACUAGAACACUGUUCAGAACAUAAAAUACAACUUCACGGGAAAGAAAUUGACAGAGUAUCGAGGUUUUAUUACUUAGGGGUUGCACUCGUUGAGAAUCUCUCGUGGAACGAGCUCGUAGAAUUGAUUUGUAAUGAAGUGAGCAAGCGUCUCGACCUGCUGUUCCGCAUACGACGUUAUCUUACCGUAAAAGCUGCUAAAUGAGUGUAUAAUUGUUUAGUAUAGCCGAUUUUUGAUUACGCUGAUUCGGUACGGGGUGGGCUGUCAAUCGGACGUACUAACAGCUUGCAACGUCUACAAAACAGGGCAGCACACGUAAUACGAAGGAGGGCAACGACCGAAGAAUCAUUCAAAAUGUUAGGGUGGGUGGACGUGGAAACACAAAGAAAAGCCCACAAAUGUAUUUUAGUUUUUAAAUGUCUAAAUGAAUUAGUUCCUCCGUAUUUAUCGGAUUAUUUUAUUAGAAAUCGCACUAUUCACACCCAAUAGACAAGACAAAGCAACGACAUUCAUCUACCGAACCCUAAGUUAACGCCAGGAUAAGAACACUAAAUCUUUUAUAUUUUCAGGUGGGGUUCUUUUUAAUAAUUUACCCACAUCAACAAAAGAAGCUACGUCGCUUUCCAUUUUUAAGAACUUUCUUAGAUUUCGUUUUAGCCAUUAGUUGUUUGUUAUUAAUAUAAUUCUUAGGUAACUUCGAUAGCUGUUAGUUUUCUUAAACAAAUUAUGAUGAUGUGUAAUUUCCCUUUUAGGCACUUUUUAAGAUCCUUUGUACAAAAUUUUAAAGUAGUUUUAAAUUUUUAAAUUUAUUAUCAUGUAAUCAUAAUUUACGCAGGGCCCCUUUUGAUUCCAGCCAAUGGCUGAUAGGGCUACUCUGCCUAAUUGAAGUUGACUUGACUUGGCUAUUCGAGACGGUUCUUCAGUUCGGUGUUGCGGGAGCGACGGGAGUAUUUGCGCGCCAACUCGUUUCAUGACUGCGCCUUCCACGCGAAAUCCUUCGUGACAGAGAGUUUGUUCGUCGCUUAUUGAAGAAGUUGAACUUUUAAAGAACCUUAAGUAAUUUUUUUUUCUGUUCACUUGUAAGAUCCAGUGGGUCGGCUUUCUCUUAGGGGGGGUUGUUAGUUUAAUCCAAAAAGGUUAAUUUGCCCCUUUGUUUUACUUUUUUAUUGGUCUGACUGUAUAUUACCAGGAGAAUAAUGGAUUAUCUCCUCUAAAGUUCGUUUGCUUUGUUUACAUUUUAUAGAAGUGCUUCUGUAACCCUUGGAAAAGAUGUGGCUGAUCCUGGAGAGACUUUAGAGGGGACAAAAUGCGGAGAGAACAAGGUGAGUUGUCGAACAGUUGAGUGACCAGCAAUACCCGUGUAAAUUUAAAAAUUGUAAAACUGACGGCGUCAGUUUUACAAUUUUUAAAUUUACAUUAAGUACUACGCUGCGCAGGUUUUUCAAGCAAUACCGGUGUGCCUUGUAGUUACCUUGGAAAGUCAACUCGGGUUUGACCUAAAAUAAAAUGAGCACUAACAGAAGCCAACAGGUACUAAUUUUUUUUCGGCGUGUACUAUUCUUAGCGACAAAGUUCCAGGUGCAGACCAUUUUUUCGUGGUAGAACAUGACUUUUGACGCUGCCAAACUGUGCUUAUAGGAGUUUUCACUGGUUUCGCUGAGGCCAUCUGCUGCUUAACAAAUCAAUGAGGAAUUGCACCUUCCUUGUGAGAAGAUUAUUCAUUCUUGCCAAACUUAACUCUCAUGAACGUAACUUUCUAUUUUCCUCCAGUUCUGUAUAGGCAGAAAGUGUACAGAUAUACAAGUGUUUAGCUUAGGCCUUGGGAAGUGUCCAAACAACUGCUCCAAUGGAAAUGGGGUGAGUAACUCUUGUACUGUGAUGUAUAUCGUUCUUAGAAGAGGCUUGCGUGUUUCUGGAGUAGAAAUACUACUCUUCAAGUUUGAGGGGUCACUAUCACAUGCUAAUCAUUCAGUUUAGUUAAAGCUACUGGUGGUGCCAAGAGAUUUUUUCAAUUUAAAGUAGUGUUACGUUUUACAACAUUGUCUCUUUUACUGUCCCUAAGACCGCAACUGUAAUCUUCAGUACAGCUAUUUAUGUUCCUGAAUAUGAUUUGAUUACAUUCGAAUUCCGUAGAUUUGCAACAAUGAAGCCGAAUGUUUUUGCCUUAGCUGCUGGCAAGGCCGAGAUUGCAGUGAGUGGGUAGAAUGCAUUAAUCCAACUGAAGCUGGAGGUAUGUCACUGAGGUGUACAAAAAAAGUGCAAAUAGCCUGAGUACUAGUCUUGGAGGAGGGAUAUCCACUAUAUUUCUUACGCACUUGUUACGUAGGCUGAACAGGAAGGGCCAUUCGUGACGAAUUUCGGCUCUUCUGUAUAAAACGGCGUUGAAAAUAAGUUAAAAACUGAAAAUGGAAACUUAAUUGUUGAAAGAGUAGGUCGCGUCCUCGAGCCUCGUUCAUCGCUCGCGAUUGUUCCUUUGCCUCUUUUGAAACUUUGAUAGUUGCCUACUAUUGAAAGUAGGUCAUUAAGAAGUUUUCUCUUCCAUUUAUUGUUGUUUUCUUCGUUUGUUUGUUUGCUUGCCAAACAAACAAACUAACAAACAUGAAGAAACAAACCAUUUUUUUCGCGACAAGUCACAUUGACUGGUGAAUAUUAUUAAAACAACCGAGAGAAAAAGCAGUACGAAAUUGUCCUGAAAUUCUCUUUCGACAUCGCUGUCUGAUGAAAUUAUACAUAGAAUACCUACUCAUUUGUACAUUUUAAUUGCGAAAUGCACGCUAGAUCUAGUGAAGAAGCAAACCGUUUAAACCUAGUUGCAUUUCAUCUUUUAUUGAAUUCACCAUCGCAUUAUACGCGAAAAUACAUCUCGUGUACUUCACCUUACACCCUAUAAGCAUUGCAUCGCGUUUCAUACGCAAUACGCUGUACGUUGCAUCGAACGUACAUCGAAGUUGACUGCGUUGUAUCCAUUCGCAUUUAUUUUAUUCACUAUCUUGCACGUGGAUCAAUUUACCACAUUGCUGUGCAUAAAGCAUCCACUGCGUGUCACUGUACAACCUGAACGUGAGUUUUUGGCGAAAAUCUCUUACUGUUUCCAUCUGUUAACGUUAUGAAUGCUUUUAGAGCAUUAUGCUUAGCCUGCAAAUAAUCGAAAGCCUAAAGAGUUUUAGAGCCUUUUCUGCCAUUUAAGGUGUUAAAGUAAAUGAUUCAGCCGAUCAUAAAGGUAAAGAAGUAAACGUUAAAAAAAGUUAUUUUCUAUAAUGUUACUUAACUCUAAAUGCGAUAAAGUUGUAACUGAUCAGCCAUACUUAAGCUAAAAUGGAAAAGUACAGGAGACUUUGUUUUUCAUAUGUUCUUCGCAGAGGUACACUUGAAGGGGUUGUUGUUGAAUAACGUGAGAGCAGGCCCAUUAGAACGUGGUAUACACCUAUUUCAAUGAAGGUUGCUUUGGGAAUCGUGCUUUGGUCUGCGAAAGCCAUUGUUUGGUUGUCUCUCAAGCAAAGCAUUUCAUUGUAUUCCGUAUUUCAAUGACCAAAUCCCAAAGCAACCUUUAUUAAAAUAGAUGUAUGUCAGCGAUAGAACCUCUCGUUGUUAUACUUGCAUUUAUCUUACUCAGCAAGUUUCUCCUGACGCCUUAUGAAGCCUCCGUAGAAGAGAAAUUGAAAGCGGUUUGGCGCACAAAAGACAAACGUGCAUGUACUAUAGCUUUUAUUUGAAUGACGUCUGGUGUUUCACAAAUGGAGUCCAAAGUGAUAGCCAACUGACCGUCAAGUUGCGAAGGACUGCAAAAACUACUGCUAAGUAGCUUUUCAUUUCAUUUGCAAUUCUAUUGAUUAACAAAAGCCUUGAUUUCGGAAAGAAAAGUUAAGGGAUUGGCUUUUAGCCAGUAUAUGAUGCUUUUUUUCAGAGAGAGAACAGAUUUCGAGAGGCUUGGUUGACAUGGUAUUAUUUCCGUUUGAUUACCUGGAACAAAGACCCUGUUUCAAAAUAUCAAUUGACCCGCAAAAAAGGUCAUCUUGUUUCAAUCUAACUGCUAAGGAUUUCGAUCAUAGGCGCAAAAGUUAGACGCUUUGCCUGCUUAUAGCUUUUAAACAAUUCGCCUCCAGUUAUUAGCAUGUGUCACAAUAUCGCGUUUUUUAAUAUGAACGUUUACCUGUUGACCCUAGGUUGCUCUUCAAGGUAUAACUUUUCCGAGCGAGCAGCCUGAGUGAUAAACCUGUAAGCAUUUAAAAUAAUCAUAUCAUUUUUUUCAAGUUCCAAAGCUUAGCACAGCUGAUAAAUAUAACUGACCUAAAGCAUUCUAAACUCAGUUUUUACAUUUCCCAUUUGAUUCACUUCAUUCACAUAUUGUCUUCAUUUUGAUUUGAGUACUAUAAAUUAUGAAAAGAUAAAUUAAAACUAACUAGUCUGUGAUGUUUUUCUUCGACACCCGACAUGUACCAACCAUACCUAUGCCCUGCAUGUAAACCACUCCUCCCCACUACGUACAGGUCACGACACAGUCCCGUCUAUAGUCACUACUACAACAAACAUCACAGAGGUCCCAGGUUAGACUUGACAAAUGACUCUUUUGCUGUUUUACUAACCUUGCUCACACGACUGGCCUUAUUUUUGUCGUCACGCAACACCCAUUUAAGUUCUCGUCGCACGUUCCAUGCUCCCCAACUUGAAUUGAUUAUUACGAAUCCCCCAUAAUGCACUCUGUUUGCCGUCAAAAUUUUGCAUAAGCUAUUGUUUUCCAUUGCUCAUGGGAAUAUGCUGACCUCCCAGGGGAAUCGAAAACACUACGAUCAAAGCCCGUUAAUACGGACACUGAGGGGGGUCACAGAAAGUACCCGUAUGAGCGGUGUGUCCGUAUAAAGCGGGUUGAAUUAAGAGAAAUUGUAAGGGCUUUCUUUUAAAGCUAACUGUCCGUAAUAGUGAGGUGUCCGUAUUAAGCGGGUGUCCGUAAAGCGGGAUUUCACUCUAGUUUAUUCAGAAUUCGGGAGGCAAAACGAGUGAUGGGGGAUUCGAUAAUACCAGAUUAGCCCAAAGGUGCAUUCGAUUGACCUUAUUCUACAAGUUGCACAUACUGCAAAAGUAUUGACUAUAUGACAAAUUAGCUCCAUCAAAUCGUCACCUACAAUUCCUUCUACCUUUGGAAUAGUACAGAAUAUAAUCCUGUUCCAGAAUAAGGUCAAUAGAACACAUUAUUGGGAUUUCCUUCCGCUUUUUAGGUAUGUGUCAGCAACCAUCUCCUAACUGGUCUGAUCUGUUUUUGACGAAAAUGCGAACGUACGUCAACUGGCAAUAAACCCAUAAAACAAGAUAAUAUUUUUCGGAUCACAUAGUGCACGAAGUGUUUGACGCAUUCUCAGAGCUCUUGCCUACCUGGAACAAGCCAGUCGAUAUCAAAACAAUGUCGUGUGAUGACCAAAAAAGGCGUCGUGUGAUGGAAACCGUGCGUUUAAAUUAAAUUAAUUGUAAAUGCUUUGCGCAAUUUAAUUGUGUGCUGGCUCUUGGCUUUCUUGUGACGUUAAUGCUUUAAUGAUGCACUUUUGCAGACGUUAUUGCUUUUAGUAGUAAUGUUACAAGCAUAAGCACAAAAACGUUGAACCUCCGGUUGUUUCCCGCCCAGUCACUCCUCUAGUUUAGCUCCUGGAAGAGAUCUUAGUCAAUAACACAAUCAAAAAGCUACAGAGAAGCAAUAAGGAAAGGUUUUUAUAUUAAUAAGGAUACUCAAAACAGGGGAAGGUUAAGUUAUAAGCAGUUACAGCACGUUGAAGCCAUUUUCUUCUUUUCUUGGGGACUAUCUAACAUUCACACCAUUUGUAGAGUCCUUCAAGGAGGUUUCACUAGCUAUACUAAUCACUGCUAACACUAAAGUCAGCUAAUGUUCUACAUUUUACGCAUUGCAAGCUCUCUAAACACACUUGGACAAACCAUAGGCCAGUACAUGUCUCCUUGUUUGCAUGCGUUCUAUGAACUGUGAAAUGAAAUACCCAGAUUAAGUAACGUUUGAACGAAUUUUCCACCUUGUAACACUUGAAAAUCCAACUAAAGUUAUUAAUCUACUACUAAAGUAACUAUUGAGUGCAUGAACCAACAGAUAUAACAUCAUGAAACUUUCCAUCUUUUUCAAGUACUAAUGUUUUGCCUCCGAUUCUUGUAAUUGUUCUCUCUUAAUACACCCACUGUCGACUAAGUAUUUCGUCAGUUUACUUACAGCAUACCUGUACUUUUACAGUGUAUACCAUUUGACGGUUUACCACUGUUUAAUUCUUUAAGAAAGUGGAAAACGAAAAUCCAAACGCUGUUAGCUGUCAUUUAAUCAUCAUGUAAUUUUUCUCAAGUUUAAAAUUUUUAUUAUCGCUUUGCGCCUGCGUGCAAAUGCCAAAUGUGAAAAACCAUGCUACAACCUUACUUUCCAACCAUCUUCCAUAUAACAAAAUCUGGUCUCAGUUUGAAUAACAAAGAAAUCCUAUAUGGAGAACAUGUAAAAUUGUAAACUUUUCUUGGCUAUUGUUUUCAACUCUUGUGAUUGGUCAAAAUCUUUUAACACAAAAAAAACCCUUUCAAAGUGGAGUGUAAAUGCAUUUUAUUGCGUAAACGGCCUUCAUGUAGGUUUAUGCAUUCUCUGUGUAAAAAUGAGAACAUUCCUUUGUGGGGAAAGCACCGUUGCCGCAUAACAAAAGAAAUUGCUAUCCACCUUACCCGGAUCAUUACUUAAUAGUUAAGAGGCGUUAUACAGAGGCGUUUGUUCUUACAACAGUAACAAACUCCACAAACGAAUAUGCUUUAGGCGAAUAUAUCACCAGAGUUUGUAAAUAGCAGACUAUCCAGUCCAUCCAUAGGUACUUCAAGACCGUUUAGAUUAAGCCAGUAUCUUUACUUUGAACUAGUUUUACAUCGAACAAUAUGUAAUGCGCCAACUCUCAUAAUGGAUAAAUCGAAAAAUGUUGCUCUGUUUUGCUAUUUCCUUGUAUUGUCAUGCGGGGUGUCUAAUACAAAAUUAAAAGCGUAGGCCGGGGGUGGGGGCGUUUAUUUGAGAAAGGGCGUCUAUUAGAUCAUUUAGGUAUAGAAGUUUUUUCCACUCCUCGUCGUUAAAUAAAGAGCAUUCUGCGUCUCGUGCUAUGUGGCUAUGUGGUAGUGUGUUGCUCAGUACUGAAAAUUUUGCUAACUCGUCACUCACUGGACUUAUCAUAUCCUAAGGACCUGGCAAAGGAAGUAAUUUGGCAGGAAUCUUGGUUGGUGUGUUUAUUAUUAUCAUCCUGAUUAUUGGAGCUGGUUUCGCUAUAUAUCAUCGAAAAAAAUUGUUGCAGAAGUGGCGAGAAUAUCAUCAAAAGCCACAUGGCGCUAAGAGGUAACAAACAUUCAACUGAUCAUUUAUCUAUUAAUUUAUCAGUUAUUUAUUUAUCUUUUCGUCGCAUAUAGUUAUAUCAAUAUUAUUAUAUAUUUCUAAUCGAUUAGGCGAGGGAGCCUAUAUGAACAGGUCGAAGUAAGUAAGCGUUCCGUGCUAACUGUGAUGAGGGGGUGUAGAAGGAAAGGAAAAGAAAAGGAUGUUUUUCUGCAUGAAUUAACCCUUUUAAGACCGAUAUCGACAUUCAAAUUCCUUAGACUUACGUCCUCACUUUUUCUUCAAGAAUUAGUUGAGAGAUUUUGUUUUAAGAUCAAAGAUAUUUUUUACGCGAUUAUUUUAAUGACUCUCUCCCCAUAACCUUUUCUAUUGAUUAUGUAAGUGUUAUUGCUAGGGGAAAAAUUUAUGUCGAUCGCUGUUGGGCCAAGGGGUUCUGCUGCAGACUUUCCCUCCCCCGCUCCCCUCCCCUCCUUCCUCCCUUUCCCCUUCAACCCUGUGCUUUUAUUAUACUCUCUUCACAACUUCGUGUCUUAAUAAGACGAGUCGAAUGAGGAUCAGCACUUCGUAAAACAAAAUUAUUUCAUUUGUCUAACAAGAACAGGUGCGUUUUAUCAAGUGUGCAACACGAGGCGUAGACCAAACUGCCAGUUUUUUGGACGGCCACGUAUGAAACUCCUGUACAUUUGCGCAUUCUCAGGGUCCAAGAAAACAGGAGCUAACACCAUUGCUGUGUUUUAUCAGUUUUCAGAGACCCAUUCUGAAAUAUUUCUCUCUUAUUUAAUACCCCUCUCCUUUGUUUUGUAUGGAAAAAAUGAAUUUAAGACCUGGUCACUAUUGAAACUACAGUGACCACACUAGUGACCUGAUGGUUCUAAAGCAAUGAAUAGGUGCAUUAAAUCGCUAUUUCUUCUUAUUAUUUUUAAGAAGGUCUCAAGCUCAGCAUUUUUUGUUUCGCUGUUUCUUAUUCAUAAAUAUUCAAAAUUCUCGUUAGGUACGAAGGUGUUUCCACUGGAUCUCCCAAACAAAGAAGAGUGCGCAAUGGAGGUGUAACGUACUGGAAGACCGACAUAGAGGCCCCUAAACCGAGGCCCAAUAUAUCAGGACCCACUCUUAACAGCACCACAAGAAAAAAUGAUCCUGAUGUUACUAUAACUACAAAUCCACUGGGCUCGACAAAGUUCACGAAUGGUUACCAUAAACAGGGUCAACCAGUAUCGCAGCCUCGACUAGCCUUUAAACCUAGUCCACCUAAACCUAGAAAACCGGAAGCUGAAAAGCUGGACACAACGGAUUAUCCUGCGCCCAAGCUUCGAAAUCGAGAGUGGCCCCCAAAGAAUGACACGAAAGCUUCCUUAAAUCGCGUCUCUAGCCCUCCAUUGGUAGGAGAACCAGUUAAACCUGUUAAACCUGUUCCAGUGAGGCCUCCUCGACCAGAGAGCCACGCAGGAAUCCAAGAGAAACCAGCUGUCCCCCCUCCCCCUGUUAAAAGGCCACAGUCACAAUGGUCUGGUGAACCGAAGAAGGACACAUCGGCUGUGGUUAGUCAACCAAAAGUACCAAAACGGCCAUCAGCGGAGAGGCGAUCUUCGUCGCCUCUUAAGCCGUCUGACAUUAAAAAAGGAGGACUUCCUGCAGGCAACAACCCCUCUCUUGUGAGUCAACCAAAAGUUUCUCCUAGGCCUCCCACAACUGGCAGCGGUGCGAAAGUAACAAAACAGCCAUUAGAGGAAGGGCCGUCUUCCUUGCCUCUUAAACCCUCGGACAUUAAAAAGGCAGGACUGGCCUCAGGCAACAAAAAGCCCUCGUCUUUUUCUGCGGCAGACAAUAAACCUGCUCCUGGUAGACAAACAAAUGUUCUCUCUAAGCCCGCCACAAGAACUGACGACAAAUUUCCGAAACGACCAUCGGAGGAGAGGCCAUCGUCCCUGCCUCUUAAGCCCUCUGACAUAAAGAAAGUGGGACUCGCGGACAACAACAAGCCUUCGUCUCUUUCUGGGGUAGUCAAUAAACCUGCUUCUGGUAGGCAAUCCAAUGUUCUUCCUAAGCCCGCAACAAGAAGUACCGGCGAGAAAUUUCCGAAACGGCCAUCGGAGGAGAGGCCAUCGUCCUUGCCUCUUAAGCCCUCUGACAUAAAGAAAGUGGGACUCGCGGACAACAACAAGCCUUCGUCUUUUUCUGCGGCUGAUAAUAAACCUAAGAAAGUUCCGCUCAAACCACCCAGACCAGUGCCUCCGCGACCAGGAUCAAGACCCACGUGACUUGAACACUUAUACCGUAGGUAGGGCUGUAUUUAAUAGACGGUACAACCCUGUACAUUAAACUAGGGCGUGUUAGUCCCUGGCAUGUAAGAGUGGUAUUUAAAUUCCGUCAGCACGCUCCUUUUCUUAUCUGGUCCCAGUUGCUAAAAGUUAAAUAGUGCUAUUUCUUAGAUAAACCCCUUUUCCUUUAAAAACAUAAAUCGUGGGUUUCCCACACUUAACGGAUAGCUAUUCGUGCGGUUUAUAGCACUAUACAACAUUUGAUCAACUGGGCACCUACGUUAAAUGUUUAGUUAAAAAAAGGCAUUUCUCGCAAAAGAGAUGCGUAUCGAAAUAAGAGUUAACAAAUUAAAUAAAAGAAAAAAUUAAUGCCGUUUUCAUGCAGCUCACUGAGAAGUGACAAAAAAAAUCCUUAUCAUAGUACAUUUUGCUCGAUAUAGAGUGUUUUUACAUGACGUCACGGCGGCCAUAUUGUUGUCCGAAAAGAGUGAAACGGCGGCCAUGUUGGUGUUCCACACCAAUCCUCUGGGAGUUCAACUGUUUUCUUAUGCAAACGCUCUCUUUUGUUCCAAUAAAUUUGCAUAGAUGCUGACCACGUGGAUGAAAACACUCUAUAAUGAUACCCAAUGUAUAAAAUCAAUGUGAUCUCGACCUCGUAAUAUGAAGAUCUCUCCUUGCUUUCUGGAAAAUAUUCCAAUAAAAUGAUGAUUGGAUUAACAUUUUAACGCGACUCAGUUAAACAGUGGCUUGAGGUUCCAUUUUUGAACAGUUCGCAAACAAGUUCUACAGUAGUCUUAAUUUAUUGCCGGCGUCCAUGUAAGUCUUUCACCCAAAACCCCCUACAACAUAGAAUAAAUUGCUUAUUUUCUUAUUGCGUUAAAUAAACUUUUUACAAUUAGCUUUAAUACUUGUUAACUUGUUAAUGUGUCUGUGAUUCCAACGUAUCAUUUCUGAAUUCAGCUGGGAGUG